AUGAAAAUCUGCGCGGCCAACAUUCUGUCAAUCGCCCUCCUUCUAAGUAACUCUGUCAAGCUCCAAGCUUCCGAUUAUACUGGGCCGGUUCCCUCGGACGGUGAUGGUCCUGCGUCUCAGUUGUGUCAGCAGUGCUGCCAGGGACCUGUAGCAAUACCCGGCAUACCAGGUCUGCCUGGGCCAGCAGGACCGAUGGGGCCGUACGGUCUGUCGGGGUCAAAGGGCAGUGCAGGUCAGCAAGGUCACAAAGGUGAAAUUGGCCCUAUUGGACCUAUGGGUGAGCGGGGAGCACCUGGGAACACUGGGUCUAAAGGUGACGAUGGGAUUGGUCUGCCCGGCAAGAUAGGUCCGAGAGGCCCACCGGGUCUUGUUGGAGCAGCCGGUCAGGCUGGUGUCAAAGGUCAGAAGGGUGAGCCAGGGGAGACACCAGACGACUCUAGUCAGCGGGUGGCAUUCACCGUGGUGAGGACGAGCAGCUCGGAUGACUCUACGAGUCACGACACCCUUUUGCCCUUCCAGCAGACCAAGACCCUUCUGCCGGGUACCCGCUUCGAUCUCGAGACCGGCACGUUCACAUGUAGUGUGCCGGGCACCUACGUAUUUACGUUUUCUGUUCUUAAGUUUAGCCUGAGCGGUAGCCUUUACAUCCAUCUUGUUAAAAACAACUCCAAGGUUAUCAGUACCCAUGGUACAUCUGGUCAACUUGGUCAGUUGUCUGGGAGCGCAGUUAUGAUCCUGCGGCGAGGAGACUCGGUGUAUGUUACUAUGUACGGUAGGGCGCAUAGUGAAUCCACCCGUCACUACACCUCAUUCAGUGGCUUCCUCCUUUACCCCGAAUAA